GAAAACUAUACAGGAUAUCAUUUGCAUGUUAAAACAAUAAAAAACAAAUUGGAACCUAUAAACACAUGAAAUAAAGUUGUAAAUAAAUUUCCUUCACGUGAACCACACAUGGAUCAUGAAAGUCGUCGUUAUUGUAGUCCUGAAUAUUUUGAUCGCAAUAGAAGCGAAGCACAAGUCGACAAGUUCUGAUGUAUCCAGUGGGGACAGUAAACAGGACUUGACUGCAGAAGACAGCUCCAUAGGAGGCUCCGACUACCACGAUGACGAUACACAUAUACAGAGACACGGUACGAAAGUAGAAAGAGUACAUUUCGAAUCAAGACGUUGGCACAAAGGUUGUAUAAAGAAAGCAAGUAAAAUGUGCACAAAAGCAUGCGAAAGGGCAUACAAGACUGUUUGUAAAAGACGUAAGUGCUCCAAAAGAUCCAAAAAAACACUCAAAAAAGAAUGCAAGAAAAGUUGUGCUAAGAAUUUUGAAUCUGAUAGAAAUAGACUAUAUGAGGAGUAGGGUACAAACGUUUGUUAACUUUAUUCUAGAAUAGGUGGUGAAUAAAUUAAAAGAUUA